AUGACUGGGCCAAAGAUGUCGCCUCAUGCAGGCGCAACGUUACGAUUAUGGAAACAACUGCAAGAAAUAAAAGACAAGAAACAAAUUGUUCUUGACGGGAACAACCUUGACAUUUCUUCCAUUGUUGCUGUAGCCCGUCAUGGCGUCAAACCCACUAUCAGCACCGACGAACAUAUUGCAAAGCAGCUAGAACUCAGUGUGAAGACUCUCUCGGAGUACCUUUCCCAUAAAUAUGUGGUCUACGGUGUGAACACGGGCUUCGGAGGAAGUGCCGACACAAGAACAAGCGACGUCCUUGACUUACAGGUUCAUCUGCUACAACAUACUCAGAGCGCAAUUAUCACCGAUGCGGAUAAGGAUCCGGCAAGUAAUUCCGAGCGAGAGCCUUCGCAUGUUAUGCCUCCUGCCUGGGUUCGCGGUGCAAUUGUCGCUCGCGCUAACCAGAACCUCCGAGGUCAUAGUGCAGUGAGAUUAUGUGUGCUUCAAAGCCUCCUUGAUUUACUGCACAAUGAUAUUACCCCCAUGGUACCACUUCGGGGAACCAUUUCAGCAUCUGGAGAUCUCAUGCCCAUGUCUUAUAUUGCUGGUGCCGUCUCUGGAAACCCCGAUGUCUUUGUUCAGGUCGGAAAGGGCAAGGAGGCCAGAGUUAUACCCGCUUCUAAGGCCUUGAAAGAGAGUGGUCUAUCGCCGUCUGGACUUGGACCCAAAGAGGCGCUUGGUCUGAUUAAUGGUACUGCUCCAUCCGUUGCGGUCGCAAGUUUGGUCUUGUAUGAUGCCCAGCAGCUCGUGCUUCUUUCCCAGAUGCUGACUGCAUUUGCGUCUGAGUGCAUGGGAGGAAAUGUGGAAUGGGCGCUGCCCUUCAUUCAUGACGCACGGCCUCACACAGGUCAAAUCGAGGCUGCGAGCAAUAUUCGUCGAUUUUUGAAUGGGUCUAAAUUUGUGGAUGGACUCGAGUCAAGAAAGAGAACUGGAGAGGGACUUUGGCAAGAUCGAUACUCUACGCGAACUGCUCCACAGUGGAUUGGACCAUACCUUGAGGAUCUCCUUCUUGCACAGCAUCAGCUUGAAGUUGAGCUCAACUCAACAUCGGAUAAUCCUCUCAUUAAUUCUUCAGAAUCAGGUAGCGGCGAGGUCUACUCCGGCGGAAACUUCCAGGCAGUCGUGGUUACUUCGGCCAUGGAUAAGACUCGCCUAGCGCUUCAAAUGAUCGGUCGCAUGCUCUGGUCUCAAGUGAGCGAGAUUAUUGGUCCGAAUACGAAUAACGGUCUCGAGGCCAAUCUCAACCCCAGUGACCAUGAGAACUAUACUAUGAAGGGUAUCGAUGUCAACAUGUCCGCAUACAUGUCCGAGUUGGCAGCCUUGGCUCAUCCUGUCUCUUCCCAUGUCAUGUCUGCCGAGAUGCACAACCAAGGUAUCAACUCGCUCGCUCUAAUUUCUGCUCGACGUACCAUGGAAGCCGCAGACCUGGUGGCACAUAUGAGUGCUUGUCACAUCUAUGUUUCAUGUCAGGCUGUUGAAAUGCGUGCCAACCACAUCAGAUUCCUCUCAGCAAUUGAAGGCCAGUUGAAGGAUGUAACAUCAAAUGGUGCAUUCCGUGACCUAGGCCUAAAGGAUUCGCAGGUUGAGACACUCGCUAACCUGCUAUAUCCCAUUAUUGAAUCCACCUGGUACCACUGGAAUGCCAAUACCUGGAAAGACCGCAUCCCGCUAGUUGUCGAUGUGGUAGUUGCCCCAGUCACCGAUUACCUGGCUACCAGUGAACAUAAUUGCUUAAUGUCGGCUCUCAUCGCAUUUAAGAAACACUUCCAGAGCAUUGUACAGAGUACAGCGGGUGAAAUGUUUUAUCCAAGUCCCACUAUUACUCCAACUGAGGUUGUCUCCCAGCUUGGUGAUGGAUCUGCGCAGCUAUACACCUGGGUGCGCUCGAAUCUCAACAUACCUUUGCACUGCGGUCUGAAGGAUGAUCCAUUGUACAACGCCCGAGAAGGUCUUUCGACAGCAGACAAGAAGACUAUCGGUAGCCGAGUCAGCAGUAUUUAUGAGAGCUUGUUCAAGGGUGGAAUGAUGGAUAUGAUUCUUAAAGGGCUGGAUACUGGUCGUGUCUCUCCCCAGGUCUGUGUUUCGUGUUUUGCGCAGAAAUAA